AGAGUAAUAUGAACAGUAGAGUAGAGAGCGAGUAUAGUCAGACUCCGUCUGUAGAAGAAAGGAAUCAGCUGCAGAGUGCAGGAUACAUCCAAAAUGGAGUAAUCAAUUUACCCAUCCAAAAAUCGAUCCAAUCCAAUCCAAUCCAAUCCGUGAACCAAGUUGCCCUACGUUAGUUGUUAAAUUCACAGCCCAAAUCCCCAACCAAAAUCGAACUUACGAGGGAGACGAAGAAGGGAUUGAUUCUAUUGUAGUAUUAUUGUAUUGUCCUUCCGAUGCAAUCCAAUCAUCACCAUCACCAUCGCCAUCUCAGCUGAGUAAGGGAAGAAAUUGUGUGUUCUAUGGCGGUAGGGAUUGGACUGAUGAGUUUUGGGGAUCAUGUUACCCCAAGUAAACAGUUGCAUUGGCUAUCAUCCGUAUUUGCUGGAAUGUUGAUGUGCAAGAUUGUUUACGAUGUAACAGCAAUGAUCAGCUCUUCGUUCUUCAAAGUAUACAAUAAGCUUAAUGACAAAGACAAGCUUGAAUGGAACAACAGGGGAUUCUCCACAUUCCAUGCCAUCUUUGCAGCUGCUGGUUCUCUCUAUCUCUUAUUUGUUUCGGAUCUUUUUGUUGAUUCUCAAGACGAGCUGAUGAUCAACAAAUCCUCACUUCUGUCGGACACAAUAAUGGGAGUGUCCAUCGGGUACUUUCUAUCUGACCUAGCAAUGAUUUUCUAUCAGUUCCCGGCCUUAGGUGGAUUGGAAUACGUCAUUCACCACGGGCUCUCGGUGUAUUCUAUCCUCCUGGCUCUUCUCAGCGGGCAAGCACACGUUUAUAUACUAAUGGUUCUUUUCACUGAAAGCACGACCCCUUUUGUUAAUCUAAGAUGGCGCCUCGAUGUUGCGGGCCUCAAGAACUCUAAAAUCUACGUCUACAAUGGCGUAGCGUUGUUCUUCGGUUGGUUGGCCGCAAGGAUCAUUCUGUUCGUCUACUUGUAUUACCACAUGUUUACACAUUUCGAUCAGGUGAAGAAGGUUUUCCCGUUGGGAUUCUACAGCCUGAUGACUGUCCCUCCGGUGCUGUCGAUCAUGAACCUCUUUUGGUUCUGGAAAAUCGCCAAAGGCAUGGUGAAAACCUUGAGAAAGGCUCGACACAACGAGUAAGAAUUGUUCGAUAAAAGAUUGUUUUUUUACAGUGUAUAUGAAUUCAGCUUAGAAGGAUGACACCUUGAGAAACUGUAAAUUUCUUUUAAGUUAAAAUGGCUUUCGACU